AUGCCCGCAAAAAAGAUCCUCAUCAUCCUCUCCGACGCCAAAUCGUUCCCCUUAAAGAAAACCUCCGGCUCCGACGCCGGCAAAACAGUCGAACAGCCAUCCGGCUUCUUCCUCAUGGAGCUCGCCAAACCUCUCCAGAAAAUCCUCGACGCCGGCUACGAAGUAACCUUCGCCUCACCUAAGGGCCUAGAACCCGCCCCGGACCCCCUCAGCGAAUCCCUCCCCGCCUUCGCAGGCAACUUCUACGAACGCCGGCGCGAGAACGAGCUCAUCGACCGCAUGAAGCGCGAGAACGGCUUCAAUCGGCCCAGGCCGCUGGGCACCAUUAGCGACGCGGAGCUGGAUUCCUUCGCGGGGGUGUUCAUCCCAGGGGGACAUGCGCCGCUCUCGGAUCUAGGUGGCGAUAAGGAGGUUGGUCGGGUGCUGCGGCAUUUCCACGCGAAGAGCAAGCCUACCGCGUCGCUCUGUCAUGGUCCGAUUGCGUUUCUGAGUACGAAGCAGGCGGGGGAUGGGUCGUUUAUCUAUAAGGGAUAUAAGAUCACGUGCUGGAGUGAUGCGGAGGAGAAGGUCAUGGAGACGCUGUUGGGCGGGGAGAUCAAGAAAGUGGAGUCCUCUCUGCGCAAUGAGGGGGCUGAGAUGGUCGAAGGGCUCGGGGAGAAGGUUGGGAGUAUCACUAUUGACCGGGAGUUGGUGACUGGGGGGAAUCCUCAGGCGGCGAAUGCGUUGGGGGAUCAGUUUCUGAAGAUGCUUAGUGUUCACUGA